AUGACUUCCCUUGAAUCAAUCCUAGCAGGUAAAUACCCCGCAAAAGCUCAUGCACGCCGGGUGGCUCAAGGCCUUCAAUCGCUUGGACAUGGCCGCCACGGAAUUAUUUACCUUGAAGCACAAAAAACUCGACUCAUCGAGGAUAACGACGAGGCCAUGCCAUUUAGGCAACGUCGUCCAUUUUUUUACUUAUCGGGAUGCUUGCUUCCAGAUUCCUGCCUGAUCUAUAACAUCGACCUCGAUGAACUUACGCUGUUCAUUCCUCCAGUUGACCCAGAGGAUGUGAUCUGGUCUGGCCUCCCCAUGUCAGCGGCCGAAGCACAGAAACGUUUUGAUGUGGACUAUGUGCUGCCUACUCCUGCAGUAAACGCCACCCUUUCCUCGAUUGCUUCGCAUAAUCCCGGGAAAGUAGUUGCUUUUGUAAUCGAAAACCAGGUUUCUGAGAACACCAAGAUCCAGGAAAUUUUUGAGGUUAACACUUCGGCACUGAAAGAUGUCAUUGGAAGGACUCGUGUUGUCAAGGACGCGUAUGAGGUCGCGCUCUUGAGGAAGGCAAACGACAUCUCUGCUAGUGCACAUGUUGCAGCCAUGAAAGCCUCCAAGACUGCUACAAAUGAGCGUGAGAUAGAGGCUGCUUUCAUAGCAACUUGCAUCGCUCACGGUGCUCGUGAACAGGCAUAUCAUCCGAUUGUUGCAUGUGGAGAGAAUGGUGCCACUCUUCAUUAUGGCAAAAAUAACGACCAUCUGAUCGAUGCAGCCAUGAAGCAAAAGAAGGGAAGCAUUCUAAUUGAUGCCGGGGGGGAAUAUAGCACAUACUGUGCUGACAUUACCCGAGUCUUUCCUUUGGGUGGCAAAUUUUCACUGGAAGUCCGCCAGAUCUAUGAAGUUGUCUUGCAGAUGCAAAUAGAAUGCAUUGAUAUGUUGAAAGAAGGUGUCCAGUGGGAGGACGUACACACGCAUGCUCACCGCGUUGCUAUUCAAGGAUUGAAAAAUCUGGGAAUCCUUCGUGGCCUGGAUGAGGAACUGAUGGACAAAAGGAUCAGUGUGGCAUUUUUCCCUCACGGCUUGGGUCACUACUUGGGUAUGGACACCCAUGACACUGGUGGCAACCCGAACUAUGAAGAUGAAGAUACGAUGUUCAAGUAUCUGCGUGUAAGGGGUCGUCUGCCCGCCGGUUCAGUCAUUACUGUGGAGCCAGGAAUUUAUUUCUGCCGCUACAUAAUCGACCCUUUCCUCCAGUCAAGUGAGACAAGAGAAUACAUUGACACGGACGUCUUGGAAAGAUACUGGAGUGUGGGUGGGGUGCGCAUUGAGGAUAACAUUCACAUCAUGGAAGAUGGAUACGAGAACCUGACCACAGCACCAAAAACCAUUCAAGAAGUGGAAAGCUUAACCUCCUAG